CUGAUUCUCACCACUUUCUCAAAGCAGCUGGUGCUUAAGCUUUCUAAUAAGAGGGCUUGCAUGUCACUCCUCCCUGUCUUCACCAGUGGUUUUGAAAAUCAGCAGAAGUUCUUAACAUGGUUCUUAAAUGAACAGCUAAAAAAUCCUCACAAAUGAUGGCGACAGCUGCAGCUGAUUUACUGACCACUCUUCCACACAAGGAAGUCUUCUGGAGUAAUCAAACCAAACUAGCCAUAAAUGCCUCAGAAAUCAAAAACAAUUGUCCCUUAGAUGAUGACGACUCACUUUCACUUACUUUGAUAGUUUUUUACUCUAUUAUUUUUGUCAUUGGGCUGGUUGGAAAUAUCAUAGCCCUGUUUGCUUUCCUGUGCAUUCAUCAGAAAAGGAAUUCUAUCCAAAUUUACUUGCUAAAUGUGGCUGUUGCAGACCUUCUGCUGAUCUUCUGUCUUCCCUUCCGAAUACUCUAUCACAUUAAAAAGAACACCUGGACGUUUGGACUGAUUUUAUGCAAGAUUGUAGGAACUCUAUUUUAUAUGAACAUGUAUAUCAGCAUAGUGCUGUUGGGACUAAUUAGUCUAGAUCGUUAUGUAAAAAUAAACAAGUCUGUGAAGCGUCCUAAAAUGUUAACUACUACACGAAGCAUACAUAUUUGUUGUGUGGUGUGGGCACUUGCACUAACAGGAUUUUUAAUAGUAGUUGUACCAUCUCUCUCUAAAAGCAAGGACAGCAAUUCAACAAUGUGCUUCCAUUACCGAAAUAAACAGAAUGCAAAGAUAGAAGCAAUUUUAAAUUAUAUUAUUGUAAUAAUUUUUUGGAUAGUUUUUUUCCUUUUAAUACUUUCAUAUGUUAAAAUUGCCAAGAACCUUCUGAAAAUUGCAAAGAAAAGAGCAAAUUUUCCCAAUGCAGGAAAAUACACCCAGACAGCAAGGAAUUCCUUCAUCGUACUCGUUAUUUUCACCAUAUGUUUUGUUCCGUACCAUGUGUUUCGGUUUGUUUACAUUACAUCACAGUUACAAACCACAUCUUGUUAUUGGAAAGAAAUAAUUCACACAUGCAAUGAGGUGAUGCUCAUAUUUUCGUCUUUUAACAGCUGCCUAGACCCCGUUAUGUAUUUCCUCAUGUCCAGAAGCGUCCGUAAGACUGUGUUCCAACUUAUUUGCAGAAAGCUUCAUGGAGAUUCAGGCCUAGCUCUGGAAAGUACUUCAGAAAUAAAACUUGGGCAAUACACACAAGAGCGAUCUACUACCACUCCCUACUCAAGUUCUUUAAAGAAGAAAUCUUUGAUAUGAUUGUUUAAAACGAAUGGAUGCUGUCCUCUGUCACUCCAGGACAACGAUUUGAGAUGUACCAAAUGCAAUACUGUACAGCUACUAAUCCUGCCUCUUUCUUCCUGUUACAAAAUGAGAAGUCUGGUUGUGAAAAUGAGAAGUUACUUUUCAGAAGUAUUUUGCUCUUAUUUAUCCAAGAAAACAAAAUAGGAAGUUCUCACGCAUCACCUGCGGGACUAAAGUAGAACACUAACUCUUUACGGAGAUUUCCACAAAGUGGUUUGAACCUGCAUAAGGAAUCUUGUAUAUAGACAUUAAUACUACCAAUUUAUGUAUGUAAAUAAUAGAUUAAUUUUGCAAAAAGUAAAUUGUCUCCUAUCUUAAAGAGCUAUAAAAACCAUUACAGUUUUUAUGUAUUUCACUGUUUUAAUAGGUUUCAGAGAUCAGCAUUUUAAACACAUGUACAGAAGUGUUUUUCCAAGAAAAUAUUUAAGAAUUUAGCAACGUGUAGCUUAUAAAUGAGGUAAAGAAUACAACUGCCUUUAGUUCAGUUAUAAUUACAGAAGAUACACUUUAUUAAACAGCAAAUUUAAAAUAUUGAAGCCUCCUAAGCCCCUUACUAUAUUUUCAACAUGUUAAUGACUAUCAAAUUCAAACACCUGAGGAAAAUUAAGCAAUGUUUUUUGAAAACCAGAAAUUAAAGAAGGAGAGAUGACAUAUGGGUGUUUUCAGUUACCUAAGCUUUCCUUCAAACUCUAACAAAUUUGGUGACUGCAGUUACACAAAGUAGUUCAAUGAGGAAAAUAAACUCAAAGCAUACAGAGUAGUAUAGAAAAAAUAGCUCUUGUGAAUACCUGAUAAAUCAGCUCUGAUCUUUGCUCAGGCUCAGUCACUGGUCUGCUUAUACAUUUCCAAAGCCACACAUCUGAGCUGCACACUUCCACACUCCCUCCCUGGCACAGAUCUUCUCUUUUUAUGUGAUUAAAAUAAUCUUGAUCAUUGCUGAUGCUAAGUAAAUAGUAAUGCAACAGUGAUGUCCCACAGAUGCAACUAUAUUUUCAGAUUAAAACCAAAUGGGUUUAUGUAUUUAGGCACAAACAAAAAUUUCAAAUUUUAACAUCGUUUACAAAAGGGGAGCUGAAAGUUGUUUGACUCAAAGAUGGGUAAAGAGGCAGUUAUACCAAGAACAAUUAAAUGUCUGGCAUGACACUAGAUGUUAAGCUCCAUAAAAUUAAACUUCUAUUAUCCUGAACACAUACACACAAUAUUGCUCAACUCAGCUGGUGUAAAGAAGUUUUAAUACAACUACCACUAACUUCUCUGAUGGGUCAUGAGACUUUUUAUGGCACAUCUGUGUCAAACCUCAGCUGAUCUCAAUGUGAAAAUAAUUCUAUUUAUUGUUCUUUCUGUGGGUAGAGACUAACUGUCAUGGUUAGUGGCUGCUGGCAACAAAGAUCCACACUGCUCUUGGAUAGGGUUGGGAGAAGAAUCAGAGAAAAAACCCAAACCCAUACAACAACAAUAACAGCAAAAUAAAUAAAGUGAGCAAUCAACUGCUCACUGCUUGAAGAAAAAAUGAUACACAUAUGCACUCUUGAGUCACAAUCGCAGUAUGCCACCAAAUGGUGAACUGAACCCUCCUGUGUGAGUUGUGCCACCCAGCAGCUACCUCCUCGUAUGUAACGCAGAUGACGUCCAUGGCAUAGAAUUCCUCACCCGCCAGUUUGGUCAGCUGCCCCAGCUGUGUCCUUUUUCCCUGCUUCAAAUCAACUCUUUCCCCACCCAUACCAGGAAAAUGACCCUUCCCUAGCUGAGCUCAGUACACUAACUCAAUGCACAUCUCCACAUAAUAUACAUGAACCUGAUUUUCCUUUUUAAUUCAAAUCUACAACAUAGCCUCAAACUUCAGUUGAUAUACCAAAAUACCGCCUCUUUAUUAAUAUGUACAAAGGAGCACAUAUUCUUCGUUAGAAUAAAUACUAAUAACAAAAUGCAUAUAAAGUAUACAUGCUGGCUAGUCACUUCUAUACCUUUUAGACCUGACAAAUACUUUGAUAAAUACAUUGCCAUAUAUAGCUACUUUAAUGGAAAACAUGAGCCAACAAACAAAACUGUUCACCAGAUAAAAGCUUAUAACUUGAACCACAAACACAUCAAAUUGUGGCUGGCUUGAGUAAACAGCUGCACUGGUUUUGGCUGGGAUAGUUACAUUUCUUCACAGUAGCUCAUACAGGACUAUGAUUUGGGUUUGUGAUAAAAAUGAUGUUGAUAACACAGGGCUGCUUUGUUUAUCAGGGAAUAGGGCUUGCAUAGCAUGAAGAUCUUUUUUUCCUCUCACACUGCCCUACCAGCGAGCAGGCUUCCAACCAAGAAGCUGGGAAGGGACAAAGCCAGGACAGCCGAUCCCAAGGUACAUCCCAUAACAAAUGUACACCCCAUAACAUAUGGCCUCAUACUCGACAAUAAAAGCUGAGGAGGGAAUUUGCCAGGGCUGCCAUUUCUCAGGAACUGACUAGACAUCGAUCAGAUGGUGGUAAGCAACUGGGUGUUUUUGAAUGACUUGUUUUUUCUGUUCUGUAUCUCAAACCAUGAGUUUUCUCACUUUUGCCCUACCAAUUCUCCACCCAGCCCACUGGAGGGGGAGUAAGUGCCUCUAUGGGGCUUAGCUGUCUACCAGGCUUAAACCACAACCACCCUUUUUUGGCACCCAAUGUGGGGCUCAAAGGGCUCAACAUAAUGACAUAUCUGAGGGGAAUGGGAGGGAAUUAGAGGGAAUGGGAGCGAGCAUCACAAGAGGCAGCCUGUUCUGCAGCACAACAGUCACAAGAACAGGAGGGAGAGGAGACAGAAAUCAUAAACAGUUUUCAUACUUUUACCCUUCUGAUUUUUUUCUUCUCCAUCCAAAGAGAGGCAGUGAGCAAGCGUGGGGCUUACCUGCCUACCAGGGUUAAACCACAACAUCAACUUUCAUUUUCACAUUGAAAUUAACUGAAGUUAUGGUUUUAACCUGCAAAUCAGUAUUUUGCAUGAGGACCAACAAGUAUCAAUUGUUUUGAUAACAACUGUCACUCAGACCCCUUUUAAAAUCAUUCUUCUUCCAGGUCACCUGACAGAGAAGGUUUACAAUUAGGCUGUAGUUUGGAAUGUGCAUCAUCCCAAACCCCACAAUGCCUAAGAGAAUUUGUGUUUCCUUUUUGCUAGUUGGUAAAGACAUAGCUGUUAUCUUGUUGAUCACAUUCUACUGGGAUCUGACAACACCCAUCUUGCCCUUUUAUUCCUACAAACUGGAUCUCCUGUGCAGAACACUUAACCUUGCUUUGGUUUAUGGCAAAACUGGCUUCCAGAACAGUUUGAACUAUUUUACCCUCUUUCGCAAAAACUUCUUCUGCUCUGCUGCCUCAAACAAUGAUGUCAUU